AUGCAGCUUCGUGGGGAAACGAUUUUCACCCUGCUGGUAAAUGUUAUAUACCGCGUUAAAGGAGAGUGCGACACAUGGCAGACACAGGUCAACAUCUCCAUGUGUAACUGGCAGGGCCUGCGUGCCAACGUCAUUCGCGAUACGAUCUACGUAGACGGAGGACAAUUAUGGCUUCAACAGGGAUUCUCGGACGGUUGCGUUAAUUAUGUGAAUAAUGGCAAUUUGGAGGGCUCCAUCUAUUUAUUGAACCUUUCCACCCCUUUCAACACUAGCUCGAAUUUCAUGAAUGUUCUGAGCAAUACCUCCAUUGCCGGCGGUGCCGCCAACAACAUAGCUCCAAAUUACGUCGAUGGAGUGAUGUUUGCCAACGAUGAUGAGUUCUAUCUCUACGGGGGUAUGCUCCGUCUCACCAACAGUACCGAGCCACCGCCCGAUAAUGAGGUUCUUGGAUACGAGGCCUACCAAUAUGGUCCCUUUCGUAAUGACUGGGAGCCCGGCUGGAACGAAGAAACUCUUUCUAGCAAUGUCAUACGAUAUAUUACCAAUGGCGCUGGAGCGUCUGCACCGAGUGAGAACCUGGGAUUCUAUUUCAGCGGGAUGCGCUCCCCGGACUGGGGUCCUUUCACCUAUGAUGGGAUGGAGUCUAAGGUUACAGCCCACACGCUCAUCACCGUGAAUAUGGAAGACAUGCGUGAGGCAAAGUGGACCAAUGAUACACUUCCACAUUAUAUCACCGGCCGUGCCAACGCAGAGCUGGUGUGGGUCCCCGUGUCUGAGUCUGGAGUUUUAGUAGCCGUUGGGGGGGUGGUUGAUCCCGUUGAGUUUUGGCGAGAUACCGGACUAGACGCAUCGCAGAUGGCGCUAAGCAAAAGCGUCAGUCCGACGUUCAUGGAGGCGGUCCCUGUCUACGACGUGAAUACUCAGGAAUGGUAUCUCCAGAACACGACUGGUGAAACGCCGCCACAGUUGACCCAGUUCUGUUCCGUGCUUGCUAGCGCCACGGACAGCUCAUCGCACAAUAUUUAUAUUUACGGCGGUUAUAAUGGUCUCCAGUAUGAUGCGAGUCCGUCGGACGACGUGUAUAUCUUGUCUCUUCCUUCUUUCACAUGGGUCAAGGCGUACAGCGGAACUGCCUCACACGGUCGCAGCGGGCAUAAAUGUAUAAAGGUGUAUCCAAACCAGAUGCUUGCAGUUGGGGGGCAGCGCGUGGACCCAACCAAUUGUCUUGAGGGAGGUGUCAUCGUCAACUUUAACCUCAAUAGCCUGGGCUUUCAGGACUACGACCCUUCGAACUGGAGUGAAUAUAAAGUACCCGAUGUACUGACAGCAAAAAUAGGGGGGAACUCCUCGGGGGGUGCAACCUCCACCGCCCCAUUAGCAUGGACUAACAGCUCUUUGGCUGGAAUAUUCGACAAGAGGUAUACUAGGGACAUAGCAAUCUACUGGCCCUACGAUAACUCGAGCAGCACCACGGGCAUGACCAAGAGCAGCCGGUUUCCCACCUGGGCUGCCGCAGUAAUCGGCGUGUUGUGCAGUCUUCUCGUCGUUGGACUCCUUGUCGGAUAUUGGUAUCAUUGCGAACAUCGGAAUAAACAUAAACCUGCGCUAGUUGAAGAGGCAAAGGCAGUUGAUACCCCGGGCGGCACCAAUUUGAUAUACGAAGGCGACUCAACCUCCCUUGGGCCCUGCCCAGCAUCCGAAGCCACUGGCGUGGAGACUCUGCCAGAUUCAUUGAUCUCGUCAGCAACUCCGGUCACGGUAGAAUCGGGUGGAGGCGCUGUAUACGAGAUGCACGAUUCGUCCCCCAUCGAACUUCCUGCAGAGUUUCACGCCUCUUUUUCCUCGCUCAAUACAUAUCCACAACCCAGUCCGGUGCAGAGGUUUCCGUCUCCAGUCUCGCCACAGACCCCUGCUGGAUCUGAAUCGGGGACAUCUAAUUCUCAGACCAGCAGCAGACGCCCGAAAUCGCUCUCGGUAAUACCGUCCCGGUCGAUCAAUCAGGUAGUGACGGGCCGGAUGUCACUUUUCGCGGAAUAUUUUGACAGUGCGAACUUGCAACUCGAGCCUCAUGGGCCUGAAGUUUCGGAACCGAUUGUUACUUCAGAAGAGAUGGGAGGGACUAGGCGGAUUCCGGGCAGUGACACGAUUCAUGAAAAGGAAUAG